AUCUCUCUCCCUCUCUCUCUCUACGCCCCCUUCUCUCUAUAGGAAGUCCAGUAUGGUCUCCAAGGCCAGGAAGCAGCCGACACCCAAAUCGGCAAAAAUCCGAACGGUGACACUCAAUUCUGGUUGUCGGAAAACUCCAAAGAAGCCUCCGUCUCCAUCUUCUAUUCUCCUCAUCUCCUCUUUGAGGAAAUCUCUCGGUUCAUGCAAGCGCUGUGUCCUCAAACUCCUCUCUGGUGUCCUGAGGCCUUCCGAUUUCAAUCACCGAGGGAGAGGUUUUCACCCCCACAAGAUCCAUUUUGAUCCUGAACCCAUCAAAGAAAUUCCUGUAAGUUCACAAAAUGCUCUACUCCCUCCCCCAAAUUUUCCCUUCAAGGCUACCAUUUUCCUAGACCUUGAUGAGACAUUGGUACAUUCGUCAUUGAGCCCACCUCCUGACAUUUAUGAUUUCGUUGUGAACCCAUCGAUCGAUGGUCAUAUAUCAACUUUUUACGUCAAGAAAAGGCCCGGAAUUGAUGAGUUUUUCGAGUUUAUUGAGGGUAAAUUCGAGGUUGUUAUUUUUACAGCUGGGUUAAAGGUAUAUGCUGAAAUGGUGAUUGAUAAGAUUGAUAAAAGAGGAGUUAUUAGCCAUAGGCUGUACAGGGAUUCUUGUAAAGAGGUUAAUGGUAAAUUUAUUAAGGACUUGUCAAAAACCGGUCGAGAUAUCGGAAGAAUGGUCAUAAUUGAUGAUAACCCGGACUGUUUCUCUCUUCAAAAAGAGAAUGCAAUUCAGGUUAGGCAAUUUGUCAAUGAUUUGUGGGAUACAGAGCUCAGUAAGCUUGUGAAGUUCUUGGAGGUUGCUUUGGGUUUUAAUGAUAUAAGGCAGGCUAUAGCGCGUUAUCAUUCACAACAGGGAGAGAGGCUAAAUUUGUAAAUUAUUUGUGGGUUUCAAUUUAUUUAUUUAUUAUUUAUUUGUAAUUUAUUUUUCAUUGUUAUUGUAUGGGUGCCUCUACUAUAAUGCCUUUUCUGGUUUAUGGCCCUGUAAUAAUAUAUUAUGAUAUAUGGAGAAACUCCA